UUUUAUUUCCUUCAUUUUCACCUUUUUUUUUCUUCUUUUAUAUAAUUCAUUUCCUUCUCAUUUCUCUCGCCACAUUCUCUCUCCUCAUGGCGCCGAACACCCGACAGCUCCAACUAACUUCCACCGCCGCCUCCGCCGUCCACGGCGAUCUCGAGGACGUCCGCCUCCUGGACUCCUACGAGAAGAACGACGUUGACGACGGAACGAAGCGAGUUCAGGUCAGAAUCUCCGGCAUGACCUGUGCCGCUUGCUCCAACUCCGUCGAGGCGGCUCUCAAGUCCGUCGACGGCGUCAUCGGCGCCUCCGUCGCCCUGCUCCAGAACAAAGCCGACGUCGUUUUUAAUCGGAGCCUCGUCAAGGAUGAAGACAUUAAGAAUGCGAUCGAAGAUGCAGGUUUUGAAGCUGAGAUUUUACCCGAACCCGGUUCGCUCGGAAACGGUACCACCUUGGUUGUGGGGCAGUUCACGAUUGGGGGAAUGACGUGUGCGGCGUGUGUGAAUUCCGUUGAGGGCAUUCUGAGGAACCUUUCAGGAGUGAAAAGGGCGGUGGUGGCUUUGGCUACUUCGUUAGGUGAAGUUGAGUAUGAUCCCAAUGUGAUUAGCAAAGAUGAUAUUGUUAGUGCAAUCGAAGAUGCUGGUUUUGAUGCUUCGUUUGUGCAGAGCAGUGGCCAGGAUAAGAUCGUUUUAGGUGUUGUUGGUGUGUGCGGUUUGGUUGAUGCUCAGGUUUUGGAAGGCAUGCUCAGCGGCAUGAAAGGGGUGAGACAGUUUCGGUUUGACCCGUUAUUGAGCGAACUGGAUCUUGUGUUUGACCCUCAAGUUAUCAGUUCUAGAUCGUUGGUUGAUGCGAUCCAGCUUGGAGGCAAUGGCGAGUUUAAAGUGCAUGUUAGAAACCCUUAUGCCAGAAUGGCUUCUAAAGAUGUUUCAGAGACCUCAACUAUGUUUCGGCUUUUUAUUUCCAGCCUUUUUCUUAGUAUUCCUCUCUUUUUCAUGGGGGUUGUUUGUCCUCAUAUACCAUUGAUAUACUCCUUAUUACUUUGGAGAUGUGGGCCUUUUCUCAUGGGUGAUUGGCUGAAGUGGGCAUUGGUGAGUCUCAUCCAAUUUGUGAUUGGUAAGCGCUUCUACAUAGCAGCUGGCAGAGCUCUUAGAAAUGGUUCAACAAACAUGGAUGUCCUCGUUGCUUUGGGAACUACAGCCUCUUAUGUUUAUUCUGUUUGUGCUCUUCUUUAUGGCGCUCUUACUGGAUUUUGGUCUCCAAUAUACUUUGAAACAAGUGCUAUGCUUAUAACUUUUGUACUGUUGGGCAAGUAUUUGGAAUGCCUUGCUAAGGGAAAGACAUCUGAUGCCAUUAAGAAGCUAGUAGAACUUGCUCCUGCAACAGCAUUAUUGGUUGUCAAAGAUAAAGGUGGUAGAUCUAUUGAAGAAAGGGAAAUCGAUUCCUUGCUCAUUCAACCUGGUGACACAUUAAAAGUUCUUCCCGGUACAAAGAUUCCUGCUGAUGGUAUUGUUUCUUGGGGUUCAAGUUAUGUAAAUGAGAGUAUGGUGACCGGUGAAUCUAUACCUGUUUUGAAGGAGGUCAAUGCAUCUGUUAUUGGAGGUACAAUCAAUCUGCAUGGUGUCCUUCACAUUCAAGCUACCAAAAUAGGAUCUGAUACAGUUUUGAGUCAGAUAAUUAGUUUGGUGGAGACAGCCCAGAUGUCAAAAGCUCCCAUUCAAAAGUUUGCUGAUUAUGUGGCAAGCAUAUUUGUUCCUACAGUUGUGACUUUAUCAUUAUUGACACUAUUGUGUUGGUAUAUUGCUGGGGCUCUUGGAGCUUACCCCGAAGAAUGGCUGCCAGAAAAUGGAAAUCACUUUGUUUUUGCUCUUAUGUUUUCGAUAUCUGUUGUGGUGAUUGCAUGUCCCUGUGCACUUGGUUUGGCAACACCAACUGCUGUCAUGGUGGCAACAGGCGUUGGGGCUAAUAAUGGUGUGUUAAUUAAAGGAGGGGAUGCCUUGGAGAGGGCUCAGAUGGUGAAGUAUGUUGUAUUUGAUAAAACAGGAACUCUAACUCAGGCAAGAGCCACCGUUACUACUGCCAAGGUGUUCACAGGAAUGGACCGUGGAGAAUUUCUUACAUUGGUGGCUUCUGCUGAGGCUAGUAGUGAACACCCACUGGCAAAAGCAAUAUUACAAUAUGCCCGCCAUUUUCAUUUCUUUGAUGAGUCCUCUCCUACCAGUGAUGCCCAGAAUGAUGCUAAGAAGUUUAUGUCAGGGUGGCUUUAUGAUGUCUCAGACUUCUCUGCUCUUCCGGGAAGAGGUGUUCAGUGCUUUAUAGAUGGAAAGCGUAUUUUGGUUGGUAAUAGGAAGCUGCUGGCAGAAAGUGGCAUUAAUAUUUCUACCGAAGUGGAAAAUUUUGUGGUAGAGCUGGAAGAAAGUGCGAAGACAGGGAUACUGGUAGCAUACGAUGAUGUAUUAACUGGAGUCUUAGGGGUUUCAGACCCACUAAAGCGAGAAGCUUCUGUUGUUAUUGAGGGCCUCCAGAAAAUGGGAGUUGUACCUAUUAUGGUUACAGGAGAUAACUGGAGAACAGCUCGAGCUGUUGCCAAGGAGGUUGGCAUUCAAGACGUUAGAGCAGAGGUUAUGCCUGCAGGAAAGGCUGAGGUUGUUCGUUCAUUCCAAAAGGAUGGAAGUAUAGUUGCAAUGGUGGGUGAUGGUAUCAAUGACUCUCCUGCAUUAGCUGCUGCAGAUGUUGGCAUGGCAAUUGGGGCUGGGACAGAUAUUGCAAUAGAAGCUGCUGACUAUGUGCUGAUGAGAGAUAAUUUGGAAGAUGUGAUCACAGCCAUCGAUCUUUCCCGGAGAACCUUUUCUCGUAUUCGAUUAAAUUAUGUAUUUGCAAUGGCCUACAAUAUUGUUGCUAUACCCGUUGCUGCAGGAGUUUUAUAUCCUUCACUGGGGAUCAAGCUUCCACCAUGGGUUGCCGGUGCAUGCAUGGCUCUGUCUUCUGUGACUGUUGUAUGCUCUUCUUUGCUUCUAAGAAGAUAUAGAAAACCCAGACUUACUACAAUACUUGAAAUAAUUGUAAAUUAAGGAGAAAUUAAUGAGAAUAACUUCUGAGGGUGCAAAUGAGUUUGACCCCUGUAAUUCCAAUUUUGUACAAUUUUUUAUUUUUAUUUUUUUCAGAUCCUCUGCAUUC